AUGGCCACUGGUACCAGUACUCGAGGCCCCUUUCCGGGACCCGAUGGCAAGAUUGAGCUGUACUCCGGACAGUACUAUGCCGCAUGUGCCAUUGGUGGUCUACUAGCUUGCGGCUUGACUCAUGCCGCCGUCACGCCGCUCGACCUGGUCAAAUGUCGCCGUCAGGUCGAUGCCAAGCUCUACAAGAGCAACUUGCAGGGGUGGAGUGUCAUCUACCGUGGUGAAGGUGUCCGUGGAAUCUUCACAGGAUGGAGUCCCACGCUUUUUGGCUACUCGGCUCAGGGUGCAUUCAAGUACGGCUUCUAUGAGUUCUUCAAGAAAAAGUACUCGGACGUGGUCGGCCCAGAAUAUGCUCACCAGUACAAGACGGGUGUGUACCUAGCUGCGUCGGCGUCGGCUGAACUCAUAGCCGAUGCUGCAUUGUGCCCCUUUGAAGCCGUCAAGGUUCGUAUGCAGACAACAAUUCCGGCGCAGUACAAGGGCACUUUUGAUGGCAUCAGCCAGAUAAUAGCCAAGGAGGGCGCGUCUGGGUUGUACAAGGGUAUCUAUCCCCUAUGGGGACGACAGAUCCCCUACACCAUGAUGAAGUUUGCCUCAUUCGAGACAAUCGUCGAGAUGAUAUACAACAGGCUUCCCCGUGCGAAGGACGACUACAGCAAGCUCGCACAGACCGGCGUGUCUUUUACCGGCGGCUACCUCGCCGGUAUCCUCUGCGCGGUUGUGUCGCACCCGGCAGACGUCAUGGUCAGCAAGUUGAAUGUCUACCGUGAGCCAGGCGAGGCAGUCGGGGCAGUGCUGUCGAGGGUUUAUGGGGAUAUCGGAUUCCGUGGACUCUGGAACGGACUUCCAGUCAGGAUCGUGAUGGUGGGUACGCUGACUGGCUUGCAGUGGAUGAUAUAUGACUACUUCAAAAUCUUCAUGGGCUUGCCCACCACUGGUGGCCCGGCAAAGCCGAAGAAGGAGUAA